GAUUGCCGUGCUCAUACUUUUUACCGUUUUUUGUUAUUAUUAAUGUACAAAUUGCUGGACUAAUCCACACUGAUCCUAGAUUACAAUUAAAAUAUCAUUCAACGAUAACGAUUUAUCUGUUCAAGAUCUCAGAAUUUCAUGUAUGAAAAGAUGACAGAGUUUAUCUGUCGCGUUUAAACAACGACCACGUCCAUUUGUGAAAUUGGUGACAAAUUAAACACUUUUAAGAAAAGAGUAGAAAUUAGUCAAAAACUGUAAAGGCGGACAUAUAGAGCCUUGUGACUAAGAAGUAAGUGGAGACACCACCCGGUACAGAAAAAUGGCUGACUGCGAGAAAGAGGAGGCUCACAAUCUCCAAAUGGAGUUUGAGUGGGUACUUCAUGAAGAAGUUCAUUCUUCAUUAUCACAAUUAAGAAAUAUUUUAAUGGAAUGUGCGCAAAGAUUUCCAUUAGCAUUAUUUGGUAAUGAUCAACAUAAUAAAACAGAUAGAUUUGUAUUUGCUGCACCACAUGAUCAAGUAAAAUGCAUAGCAGUUUUAACUGGUGAUAGUAUUACCAAUGCUGAAGUGAAUUUUAAAGUACAACGUCAGCAAAAUAUUAAUAUGAGAACAAGUAUACAAAAUGAGCAUCCCUGGAAAUUGCAACAAAUACAGGAUGCAGCUAAUCAUUUACAGCAAGCUAUUGCUCAUAUAGAUAAUGUUGAUCGUCAUUAUCUUUUUAAGACAUCUGACGAAGUUAUGCAUGUAUUAGGAAACAUACUUGGUUGCUUGCAACGUAGUCGUACAAGUCUCAUUGUUCCUAGGAAGAAAACCAUUGAUGACCUUAUUAAAAGCCGUAAUAUGAAAUCUUUAAAUCCAAAUCUACCUGAAAAUUUGGCUAUUAGUUUCUACAUUCAGAGUUACAAGUUGGUUCUGGCAAUAUACCAGUUGGAAAAUGCACAUGGUAAUGUCAAGUAUGAAACACAACAAGCAGAAUGUAGUGUUCCUUGGCUGAAUGAUGCUUUAGUAUUGCUUACUAUAGCAUUACAGCUUUGUCAGCGACUAAAAGACAAGAUUUGCGUUUUUUCUCAAUACAAAGAUUUCACAAUUAGUACUCACGUUCCUUCUACAGUAAGUUGGUAAUCAAAGUGUUUUUAAAACAGCCAAACAACAUUUGAUUGAAAACAUCAUGAUUUUGUUUAUGUAUAACAUGGUAUGCCACAUUUAAUGCUAUAGUAGCAUUUUUUGAUAACUUUUAUUUUUAGAAAUGAGAAUGGAUUCUAAAAAUUCUAAAACUUGAUUUUAAACAUUU